CAAUAGUUUUUAUAUUUAUACAAAACAAGGGUUUAAGCCUCAAAUACAGCCAAAACCCUACAAAUUUUCUCUGCUUCUUCUUCUUCCUCAACAAUGGCGCCUAUGGGUAGAAAACCCUUUGCUUUGACCGGAUCAAGCAGCAAGAAUGACGGCGUUUUAGCUAGGAUUUCUCAAUCCACCAUUGUUACGAAGGGGAAACAAGCAGCUUGUGAUGCGACUUAUGUGGGGAAAAAGCUUGCGAAGAGUACUGGAAAAGCUGCUUGGCUUGUUGCUACAACGUUUUUGGUUCUGGGUUUGCCGUUGAUUAUUGUUAUGGAUCGUGAACAGCAGCUGAAUGAUCUUGAUCUUCAACAAGCAAGUCUUCUUGGUGCUUCCCCUGCUACUACACAGAAUUGAUUUUGUUAGUGGGUUUGAGAAAUUUGUAGAAUGGGUUGGGGAAGCUGCAGUUUAUUAGUUAAAAAAAGAAGAUCUUGAUCUUCAAUAGAAAUUAUUUUUCGUUAUGUUUGUGUUUUUUUGUUAGUGUUUUGAUGAUGGAUUUCGAGAUUGGAUCGAUGAAAUUUGUAGAAUGUGUUGGUUGUUUUAUUAGAUGUUUGGGAAGCUGCAGUGUUUAUUAGUGAAAAAAAUUUGAUCUUGAUCUUUAAUGGAAUUGAUUUCACUUUGUUUUGGUUU